UCUACACAUUUCAGUUAAAAAUGUAGCAUUACUAGCAUUCAGUUAAGAUCACUGAUUUUUGUGCUAAACAUAUAACUCCCAUAUAAAGGUAAAUAUGGCAAACCAUUGCUUUAAACAACUGAAACUCGUGGUCUUGUGGUUUCUUUCUGUGAUAAUGAAUAGAUUAAUAUAGCAUCGUGCUGCUCACAUUGUACGAGAUGCUGAGGAAGAUGCACGCUGCCAGGUGGCCGCUCCUUUUUACCUUGUGCCUCACGUGUGUGUCUUCAAAUUAUGAAAAAUCUUGUGAGGAUUCAGUUAACUUCUGUGAGAAGAUCAGUAUGACCGUUUCACUUGGCUCGUCUGUGCUCCUACCAUGUAACCUUCGACCAAACAGCUCCAAUUGGGUGACAUGGAGCCACGCUGCCACAAGGCAGGCAGAGAUGGUGCAGCUUUCAUCUCAAGGGCAUGUUAAGUUCCUGGACCCCAGAAAUGGCCGAGUCAAAGUCUUUUCAAACGAGCAAAUCGACGGGAACUACUCUAUUAGAAUUGAUGAGCUUGAAAAAUCUGACCUAGGGUGUUACCGCUGUCGACGGCAGUGUGUUCAAGUCAUGGAAAGUCGUGCAAGUACCGCCGACAUGUGGCCAGUCAUUUACAUCUGUAUUGGUGUGGCUGCACUCCUUCUGAUGGUUGUUGUCAGCUUCUACAUCUACUGGAAAUGCAUAGUUUGCAGUAAAAACAAAACACAGGACAGUGCCGAGAUUCCCACCAUUGCAGAUCCCAGUGCUCCACCUAUGCCAACAAUCAAUGUACCAGUGGGUGUACAUGUGCGUGUACAACAGGCAGCAGGAGCCUACGGUAAUAAUCUCGUCUACGAAAAUGAUAACCUGCGCCCAGCAAGUGCAGAACCCCCCAGAAAUCACUAUGACUCACGUGGAGCUGUGCAGUAUCUGGACAGCAUUCAGCCUCAACAGCCCGGUCACAGCAGCGGUGGGAUUUAUCCAAACGUGGAUCAGUUUCACUUUGAAAGGGUGGAAAGUCAGAGAACCAGACAGAGAUUUCAUUUAGAGCUUUUCAGCAGGUUACGGCAAGCAAGUCUCAGCCGGCAUUAUUACGUUAACCAACGCGAUCUCCGCAAGCAACACGCCACAUCAAAGCAGGCGGUGAAUCAAAAGAGAGUUGGCCGCGAGAGGAAGAAAAACAAAGACAAUUGUGAAUACAAUAACCCGAUUUACAACACAAGCUCAGACCAGCUCAACCGGCUGUAGAGAAUGAAG